AUGCUGGGGAGGCUGCUGGGGCACAGCCAGAGGGUGGCUUGGCCACUCCUGUGCCCCGCCAGGGCUGCUGGCAGCAGAGCAAAGAGCGCCCGGGACGCGGCUUUGCAGGCGGCUGAUCCAGGUAAAGAACCCUUCAGGAAUGAAAGAAGGCCUACAAAUUUUGAUAAAAAGGUGCUGGUAUGGUCAGGACGCUUUAAAAAGGAGGAGGACAUUCCCAGGCACAUUUCGUCUGAGGUCCUUGACACUGCAAGGAACAUGGCCAGGAUAAAGGUUUGCUACAUCAUGAUUGCACUGACUGUGCUGGGCUGUGUGACCAUGAUCAUCUCAGGCAAAGAAGCUGCCAAGAAGAAUCAGACUCUGCUAAGGGUGAAUGCAGAAAAGAAGGCCAAAUGGAGGGCUGAAGUGGAGAAAGGUCAGGAGGCAGCUGUCGGGAAGUCACAAUGA